CCGCGGGCUGGUGUUUAGCGCUUCACCAGGGUGGCUUUUAGCUGAGCUGGCUGUGGGGGACUUCCUCAGUCUACUAGCAGAUCUUUCCUGCUCCUCCUCCUGCUCCUCCCAGGAGGAACAAGCAGCCUACUUCGACAACACUACGACUUCCAUCUUUUUGUUUUAGGUCGACAUCAUGGAUCCCGCCGGCCAAGCAGAUAUCAACCUCAACUCGCCCAACAAGGGUCUGCCCGUGGACAAUUCCACCGGCCUGUCGGACGUCCCGGUGGAUGGAGCUCCGGGGAACCCGGCCAACCCCCUCCCGCCGGGCCUGACCGAGGAGGAGGCCGAGGAGCUCCGCGUCGAGCUGGGCAAGGUGGAGGAGGAGAUCGGCACGCUGCGCCAGGUCCUGUCAGCCAAAGAGAGACACGCCGCAGAGCUCAAGAGGAAGCUGGGCCUCAGCCCGCUCACCGAACUCAAGCAGAACUUCACCAAGAGCUGGCAGGACGUGCAGACGUCCAACGCAUAUCUGUCUGCCUCGUCUACUUUGGAUGACAUUGCCCGCUCGGAAGCGUACAAGAAGACCCAGGAGACCCUCUCCCAGGCGGGGCAGAAGACCACCGCCGCCAUCUCCACCGUGAGCUCGGUCAUCAGCAGGAAACUGGGCGACAUGAGGAACUCUGCCACCUUCAAGUCGUUUGAGGACAAAGUGGGCAACCUGAAAUACAAGGUCGUUGGCCCCGCAGGAGAUCGCAGCCCCGCCGACUCUGCCGCCGACUCCACCCCAACUCAAGAAAACCCGCCUUUCUGAGCCCGCCCUCGCCUCCUCCUCCCUCACCACCUGAGUCUUCUCAAAGAGGCGCCGCCAAACCUUUGUCCCUCGCGCCGUUCCAAGGCCUCAGCCGGAACCAUUUUAACAACCCGCUUCUUUCAUUGCCGCUUUUUUUUUUCUCUCCACAGAGCGAGCGCUUUUGUUCCUUCCGUCUACUUCCUGUCCGCCCUCCUACACUGUGAGCUAGCAUCGCCGCGCUCCUCCUCGCGGGACACUCGCAGGUUAGCACUUAGCACAGGAGGAGGAGGGCCCCCCCCCCCCCCCCCACAUGGCAUGCUGGUACACAUCUCACUUCAGCAACCAAACAUUACUCCCACACAGGAAGUGGAAAAAAAAAACAUUUUGUAUGCUAAUCAAUUUUGCAGUUGCUUUGCAUCAAGUUGCAACACCGGCUUUGAGAGGAGAGCUAGUGACCAGCAGGGGGCAGCACUUACAGCCUAGUUGAUUGGAUGGCACAUGCUGAUACUCAAAUGUCAUUUGCUUUCUUUAUUUUCUUCUGUUUGUCACCUUCUAUACUCCGCCCCCAAAACAUGUUGCCAUGUCUGUUACUCACUUUAUAAAACUGCUUCUUUUAUUCUUGUCACACUAAGACCAGACCUGAAAGAAGAUAAACUAGUGAAGAAACGUGUGUGUGUGUGUGUGUGUGUGUGUGGAUGACUGGUAGCCUGGAUUACAUUAUUAUUAUUAUUAUAUUAUAAUUAGUCAUCACAUGGGGAGAACUGUAGUCAAAGACUUUGGCUCAGUUUGAUUAAUCAAUAAAGCAUUCCUUUAAAUCA